GGGAAAACUUUUUAUUUUGCAGUCAUAUAAUUAAACAGUGGGUGGGAGAUAAAAAUUCUGGAAUGGAUGGAAUUAUAAGCUGUCGAUAUAGAAACUAGUCAAAUUUGAAAUCAUUGAGAUGAUAAUUCAUCCUUUAAGAGAAGAAGAAUAGGGCAUCGUUUCAUCGGUCGAUCAUCGUCCAUCUCUACUUGGAAACGUCAAAGAUCGCGUCAAACGCGUCAAGGUUCGACAAUAAUUUUAAAGAAAUCUAGGGUUCUCGCUGGUGAAACUUGAUCGUUUUUAUUUCUCCUUGCUUCGAUGAAUUCGUGUUAACAAUUUCAUCCACAGAAUAUUUUACCGGGACAUUUAUAAUGUCUUCGGUCCAACGUGCAUUUGCUCACAAAUUAAGUAAGCAACAUGCCGCUGAUGUGAGGCGGCAGAUUGCCACUUCUACUUCUUAUUCUCGUGAUUUAUCCAAAAGUGGUAGCAGUAUAUCAGGAUUUUCUUCCACAAUGUCUUUGUGUGAAGUAUUAGAGCCACUUGAUUAUGAAGAGUUCUUAGCACAGCAUCAAUCAGUGCUGGAUCGUGAUCCCUUGAAGCCAGUACUGGAUUUUCCGCCAGGGGAUGUUGAAAUGAGAGUCAUAAAACGGAAGAUUCGAACAGAAGAGCCGAUAGUUCCACAUGAGUCAUUAGACAUCGUGUCUCCUUAUGUGAAAAGAUGCAUCGAGAGCUUUACGUCAGAUUGGGUUGUAAUAAAUCGCAGAUACAAGGGAAGAAUCUCACCAAUAGCCAGAGACAGAUUGCUCCAGGACACACCUAGACAAGAUUUCGAGGUAGAUCAAGAAGAUACAAAUGGCUGUGGGUCACCAAACGAAGAAGAUGAUCUGUCCAACUGCGGAGACACUCCGAGAGGAUCCUGGGCGAGUCUUGAUUUGCGACAUUCGCAACACGAUCCGCUUCUGCCGAGUUUAUUGGAUCGUGUCUGCCUGGAGACCAUCGAUCAGAUGAACGAGCAAAAGAGACUGGAGGAUCGACAGGAAGCUUUAUUCCCGCUUUACGCUCCACCGACAUCUCCGGACGACGAAUGGCAAGAGAUCGGAGUUGCCCCCGAGCCUACGGAACCGUUUGCUCACAAAGUUCUCGUGAAAUGUCUGCAACUGAAGUUAGAACUGGAAGUGGAGCCGAUAUUCGCGAGCCUCGCGUUGUACGACGCCAAAGAAAAGAAAAAAGUGUCGGAAAAUUUCUACGUCGACAUGAACUCCGAGGGCUUGAAGAGAAUGCUCGGAGGACACAUUGCUUACAGCGAUGCCAGCACCUUAGCCAGAAGCUGCGUUCUGAGCAUCAGUAAACCCAGCCCCGACUUGUUCCUCGUCGUGCGGCUGGAGAAAGUAUUGCAGGGCGAUAUUUCGGAAUGCGCCGAGCCAUAUGUGCGUGAGGAUAAAAACAAAGACAAGGUGAGAGCCGCCGCUGCCGCUGCGUGCGAACGCUUAGGUCGUUAUAGGAUGCCUCUCGCAUGGACCGCGAUUCACCUGUCCGGCGUGAUAGGGGGCGGCGGCGACGCGGACAGCACCGGCAGUGCCGGAUCCUUGGACAGGAAGUCGGGCGGUCUGGAACAAUGGCGGAAGAAAGUGGAACCGCCGACGCGACGAGGCUCCUUGGAACGACGAAGUUCGGACAAGAGACGCAGUUGGUCCCCGGACGAUUUCGCCAACUGUCUCGACAGUUUCAGACCCAUCACUUUGACCGUCUCGAGCUUCUUCAAGCAGGAAAGUGAGCGACUUCGCGACGAAGAUCUCUACAAGCUCUUGGUUGAACUGCGAAGACCUGGCUCGAAUCUCAAACGAUUAAAGUGCUUGCCGGGAAUAUUGAAGCUGGAUCUCAGUCCUAGACCCGAAGAGCUGCCCAGGUGUCUGGAUCCCGAUCUCAGGAGAUUAGUGCCGUAUCCGGACGAGAAAAGUCGACCGGUCAAGGAGAUACUCGAAUUCCCGAGCGAGGUUGUUUCGCCAGACUUGACGUACCGCAAUCUCUUGUAUCUUUAUCCCAAGGAAGCGAAUUUCAGCUCCAGAACUGGCUCAGCGCGUAACAUCGCCGUGAGAAUUCAGCUUAUGGGCGGUGAACAGGAAGCGGACGCGCUCACCGCUAUCUUCGGCAGAUCGUCGUGUCCUGAAAUGACGCACGAAUACUUUACAUCUGUGUCUUAUCACAACAAGAAUCCGAACUUCUACGACGAAGUGAAGAUGAGACUUCCCGCGGAUCUAAGCGCUAAACAUCACCUACUGUUCACCUUCUAUCACAUCAGCUGCCAGAAGAAAGCCGAACAACCGAAUGUUGAGACAGCAGUCGCGUACACGUGGCUGCCGCUUCUGAGAGACGGACAUCUCCAAUCGGGCGAAUUCAGCUUGCCCGCUAUGUUGGACCCGCCACCGGCCAACUAUUCCUACAUCGCACCCGAUGUCCUCCUGCCAGGUACUCGAUGGGUGGAUGCUCACCGAGGAGUUUUCACCGUCAUUUUGGAACCUGUUUCCAGCGUUCAUCCGCAAGACAAGUAUAUCGACAGAUUUCUAUCACUGUGUGGUUUCCUGGAGACCGGUCAAGUGCCGCCUCGCAUCGGCGAAGCCGGCAUGGAAUCCGAGCUGAAAUCGGCGCUGCUCGAAUUAGCGCGCGCCUCGCACUCCGCCCUGGUGCGAUCUCUGCCCCAGUUACUGGAUCAACUGUUGUCUCUUCUGGUGCGGCCGCCGACGUUGCCGUCUCAGUCGCUGAAUGUCGCCGCUACGAUUUUCGAGGCGUUGGGUUUGCUCGUGCGAAACAUCACCAACUUGCCCGACGGCCAGUUGGACGCGCACGGGAGACACGCGCUCUUGGCUACUUACAUCGCGUACCAGUGCUCCUUGCCGAGCAUGUCUCACGGCGCGGGCGUGGUGCGGGCGCAGAGCAACCCGGAUUUGCCUCUGGAAGACUUGGAAAUGGAGAUCCACUCGAGAGGGCUGGACAGAACCGCGUCGAUGCGGCAGGAGUCCCCUUCGAUCAACAGCCAGCCCACCAGGAGGCUCCUGCACGAGGAGCUCGCGCUACACUGGGUCGUGUCCACAGGCCAGGCGCGUGAACUGGCGAUAACGCACUCCUGGUUCUUCCUGGAGCUGAUAAUGCGCUCGAUGGUCGUCACGCUGUCGGAGCUGAACAGCUUGGAGGCGCCGCGGAAACUGCGCUUCUCGCCGCAGUUCUGCGACGACAUCACGACUCUCACCGCCGCGCUGACCACCGAGGUGACGACACGCUGCGGCAAGGAGACUCGCGUCGCGUCCAACCUGAUAUCGAGCCUCGGCAAUUUCCUGUCGGACCUGCUGUCCGUCAUGGACAGGGGAUUCGUAUUGUCGCUCAUACGCGUCGCCUGCUGCUCGCUGUCGGACGCGUCGAUGCACAUUCCCGACUCGGCGGCGUUGUUCGCCCUGAAACUCGAUCUCGUGAGGACGGUGUGCUCGCACGAGCACUACGUAGCGCUGAACCUGCCGUUCGGCACGGGCUACACGUCGGGAUCAGCCCCGGCGUCGCCCAGCCCGUCGACCGGCAGUUCCGGCAGUCUGAUUUCCACCCUGGUGCCCGGAGACAGAGCGAGAUUCUCGGAACUCAGUCAGGAAUUCAGGCAGCAGCACUUUUUAGUCGGCAUCGUUCUGUCCGACUUGGCGAACACCUUGGAGGUGCCAAACCCGAUGCUGCAGAACAAGGCGAUCGGCACCGUGCGGCAUCUGAUGAGCUGCCACGACGCCGAUCCACGAUACUCGGACCCAGCGGCGAAGGCCAGAGUCGCCGCGCUGUAUCUACCGUUGCUGAGUAUCCUGAUGGAUGCCUUGCCGCAGCUUUAUCACUGGGACUCUAAGGACAAGAGCGUCUACCCGGACGAGUCCGGGUCGAUCACGCAGUCUGUAGCCUUGGCUAUCGCCGGCGGAGCGUCGGCGGACACCGCGGGCAAUCAAUGUCGAGUGUCCUUGAGCUCCGAAGCCACUCGACACCUCUUAAUGUGCGUCUUGUGGGUACUUAAGGGCCUGGAGCGAACCGCGUUGGCUCAGUGGUGCUCUGAAUUGAGCGCAAGACGCAUCCUAAGUUUGCUUCAAGUGCUGAAUAUCGCCACCGCAGCCUUUGAAUAUAAGGGCAAAAAAGCGCUGAAGAGGCUGCCGCCUCAAGCCGCCGCUACCAGCGAUAUCCGAUCGCGAUUGGAAGACGUGAUCCUCGGUCAGGGAAGUGCCAGAAGCGAGAUGAUGCUGCGGAGGAAGGAGAGAGUGACCGGCGACAAGCUAAGAUGGCGCAAGGACCAAAUGCCGUACAGGUCCUGCGAGCAGCCGGAGGGAAGAGCCGUCGAGCAAGACGCUCAUAUAGAAGGAGCUUUAGCGGCUGAGGCUUCUCUCGUCGUGCUGGAUACUUUAGAAUCUGUGGUUCAGGCCGAUGGCGGUGGAGGUGCGGUUGUCGGAGCGGUGUUGAAAGUAUUACUGAGGGCGCUGGCUAGAAACCAAAGCACGUCGGUACUGCAGCACAUGUUCAAUACACAGCGAGCUCUGGUUUUCAAAUAUCACAGCGCCUUGUUCGAUGAGGAAAGCGAACGCUGCGGGGAUUUAUGCUUGACGCUGCUCACUCGAUGUAGCUCGCCAUUGAGCGCCGUCAGGAGUCACGCAGCUGCGAGUUUGUACUUACUGAUGCGACAGAACUUCGAAAUUGGAAAUAACUUCGCACGCGUCAAGAUGCAAGUUACGACGUCCUUGUCCGCGCUCGUCGGCAGAGGCAGAGCUCCUAGCGAGGGAGCGCUGCGCAGAGCGCUGAAAACGGUAUUGGUGUACGCCGAGAGAGACACGGAGCUUGCAGACACGAGCUUCCCAGAGCAAGUGAAGGAUCUGCUGUUUAAUCUUCAUAUGAUCCUCUCUGAUACCGUCAAGAUGAAGGAGUUCCAAGAAGAUCCCGAGAUGUUGUUGGAUUUAAUGUACAGAAUCGCCAAAGGCUACCAAGGUUCGCCGGAUUUGCGAUUGACUUGGCUUGCAAACAUGGCGCAGCAGCACAUGGAGCGGAAAAAUCACACGGAAGCAGCGAUGUGUUUGGUGCACAGUGCUGCUUUAGUUGCGGAAUAUCUGCAUUUGCUGGAGCCCGGUGGUGGUGGGCGGCCGGUAGGAGCCGUCGCUUUGAACGCUGUGACGCCGAACGCCCUAGAGGAGAGCGCUGUAGGCGACGAUGUGUUGGCCAGAAGAGAAGAAGGACUUUGUUUAGGUCCCGAUUUUUCGGAGAGCGGCUUGGCGGGACUGUUGGAGCACGCGGCUAGCUCUUUUCACGCAGCCGGCAUGUACGAAGCCAUUCCUGAUGUCUACAGAGUGUUGUUGCCGAUAGCUGAAGCCGCGCACGACUAUAAGAAAUUGGCUAACAUUCAUGGAAAACUUCACGAGGCGUACACACGCGUGGAACAGUUGGCCGGCAAACGUGUCUUCGGGACGUACUUCAGGGUCGGCUUCUACGGUGCGAGAUUCGGUGAUCUCGCUGGCGAAGAAUUCGUGUACAAAGAGCCGACUCUGACGAAACUCCCGGAGAUAUUUUCGAGACUUGAGAACUUUUACGCCGAGAGAUUCGGCGCGGAGAAUAUAGUCAUAAUAAAAGACUCGAAUCCCGUGGACCCCAGCAAAUUGGAGCCGGACAAGGCGUACGUUCAGAUCACUUACGUGGAACCGUACUUCGAACCGCACGAGUUCCGGCACAGACCCACCGUUUUCCAUCGCAACUUCAACAUAAAACGAUUCGUUUACGCGACGCCUUUCACGCCCGGUGGCAAGGCUCACGGCGAGCUGCGCGAACAGUUCAAACGGAAGACGAUAUUGACGGUGGCGACACAUUUCCCGUAUCUGAAGACCAGGAUUCGAGUUGUUGCCCGGAAGCAGAUAGUUCUCACUCCCAUCGAAGUGGCGAUCGAGGACAUACAGAAAAAGACCGCCGAGGUGGCUGCCGCGACCGCUCAGGAGCCACCCGACGCAAAGAUGCUGCAGAUGGUUCUUCAAGGAUGCAUCGGCACGACUGUUAAUCAAGGACCCGCCGAGGUGGCGGUCGUGUUUCUAUCGGGUUUGCGUGAACAGAACGUACAGCCGGACAGACUGCAGCACAAGCUUCGCUUGUGCUUCAAGGAUUUCCAGAAGAAAUGUCUCGACGCUCUGCGACGUAACAAGAAUCUAAUCGGUCCCGAUCAGCGGGACUAUCAGCGAGAGUUGGAGAGAAAUUACCAAAGAUUGACCGAACGAUUGGCGCCUCUUAUCGCUUGGAGCGGACCUUCCUUACUUAACCAGCAAGCUGUGCCGGCAACGUCCCCGCGUUGGUAGAGAAACGAGCUGCCAUAGAAGCUUACCAAAGAGUCUCGAUUAUUAAUCACGUAUGAGAUUGUCAUUUAGCAUAUAGAUAAUUCUACUUACGGUCGUAUUACGAGAAACGCUCACACAUUGAAUCCUUGCCUUGUGAAAAUGAUUGCGUUUACUCCGAACUACGUGUAGAUUUACAUGUGAUGACAGUCGAGAGAUUAUUAUAUUUGUUAUGAUUUACGUUUAAAAAUUAAUUUUUUUCUGUUAUAAAAUAGGAUAAUAUUAAAAAUGUAUUAUAUUUAUUAUAAAUCUCAUAGAUACUGUAGUUCCGCAAACAAGGAUUUAAUGUAAUUUAUUUAUAUGACUGAAGUUUUUAUACUUGACAGUACUUAGAUAUUACGACAAGCUGUGGCCGUCAUAUUAAGCGAAUUUGAAGACGGUAUUCAUAAGAAUUCAGAAUUAGUAUUUUUUUAACGAUUGAUAAUGUAUGUAUAUAUCACGCAGUAUGUCUUGUCGUAGAAAUCUUCAUGAAUUUUUCCUCGAUUUACAGGUUUAUUUAUUAUAAAUGCACUGUGUAAUGUAAUAAUAUAUAAUUAGUAUUAUAGUAGAAUUUACAGCUAUAUAAGUGUAGGUACAUUUUAUGCAGGAUAUUUGUCAAUUAACGCCCACUAUUUAAAUGACGUAAUUGUUCAUGAAAAAUUGAAUCGAGAAAGUAAUUUUGUCGAAAGAAGUCAUUAUUUAUGGCGACUUUCUAACUUUCAACUUGUCUUUUUAGCUAGACCCUAAAUUAAAAUUCCGUUAAAGUAAAAUCCGCUGGAAAUUAAAGAAAAUCUACUCGGUCGUCCGAAACAUAGUUUGCGAAAAGCCUUGUUCUUCCAAUCGCUUGUAUUUCGUAAAACUACUGACGUUUCGACAUUUUCGUUCGGAACUUUUCGACUGAAAUUUUUAUGAGGAAUAACGCUAUGUAAAUAGUGAACGUUAAUUAACAAGCACCUUGUAUAUCUUCAAUAGUAGACUUUCACUUUCGAGUGAAUAUACGAGAUUGGUUCGUUAGUUCUUACAUACAAUUUUUCAUUCCUUCGUUUGUUGUUUCCUCCGAUACUUAUAUAUUAUGUAUAUCCAUAUAAUUCCAUAUAACAUAGUCUCGUUCACAGGCAUACGUUAGUUUGAUAUGGCAAUGAUGUUGACAUUUUACGAACUGAGCGGUGUACGAGAACGCGUGUGGCUCUUCGGGAAACGGAUCGUUAAAUUUCCGGUUGGAAGUGCUUUCCCAGAAUUCCUCGUCUACAACAUGAAAUGCAGAAACGUGGUCGGUUCGUAAAGUGUUAAUCUAAUUAGGAUAAAUAGGAAAGUGUGAUCGAAGAAGUAUGGUCGAAGAUCCAUGUAGCCUUACGUCAAAAUAAGCUGGAAGGCGGUGUGUUUCCACGACUUAAAUUCGCAGCAUUGAAACUGCUGUCGCACACACCCGUAGCACCCUGAGCCUUGCGCGAUACGCGCGCUUUUGUAUCUCUACAGGUAUUGGAAAUAUACACGAGUUUU